AUGUCUGCCAGUGGCUAUCGUCAGUCCCCAAGGCCCAAAUCGGAAGACUCGUUGUUCUGCACCCCCAUGUUCACCACACCUACUGGCCGUCUCCCCCAGCCCGCUUCGAACUUGCUCUCGCCUAUCCGAAGACCCCUUUUUGGCUCUCGGGACUCUCAAACCACUGCAAUGGCGUACAACACUCAAUUAUCUCAUCACUCUGCCAACAGAAACAUGGACAAUCCUUACACUGCUGCUCCCCCAUCGGACAGCGUCCUCGCAUCGCUCGAUCGAAUGACGCUGGAUAUGAGAGACCUCGUUCGGAAAGUGCAGAAGCUGAGUCAUCUAGGCAUAGAAGAUAGCAAGAUUGCCCUCCCGAAGGUGUGUGUUGUGGGCGACCAGAGUACUGGAAAGUCUUCGCUUAUAGAAGCGAUUUCCGAGAUCCGCGUGCCUCGAAGCGCAGGAACCUGCACGAGGUGUCCGAUGGAGAUUGUUCUUCGGGAGAGUGAGCCAGAUCAGCCCUGGAGAUGCACCAUCUCGCUCGUCCGGGGGUGGUGGUAUGAUCCCCAAAAGACUUUGAAGCACAUGAUCCCAAAGGACGAACGAUCCGAAUACUUGGGACCUUGGCUCCGCAGGGAUACGCAAGAUGAGGAAGAGUUUGUUACGCUGGUGGAUAGGAGUCAGGUCCAGGAUGCUAUUUGGUGGGCACAGUUGGCAAUCUUAAACCCCACAGCGGAAUCACAGGAGUAUGUUCCAGGAAAGAACGAGAAUACCUCGACUAACAUUGAGGUAAAAUUUUCACCCAACAUCGUCCGUCUCGAUAUUUCGGCUCCGGACUUUCCCAAUCUGUCAUUUUAUGACUUGCCCGGCGUGAUUAAUCAGCCGGACCAUGAUGACGAGAAAUAUCUCGUCACGCUAGUCGAAAGACUAGUAAAGCAAUACAUUAGUCAAGAGAACUGUAUAGUUCUCCUGACUCUAUCAAUGACCGACGACGCAUCCAAUUCAAGUGCAGCUCGCAUCAUGCGUGGAGUGAAGGGGGCCAAAGACCGCACUCUAGGUGUCCUGACAAAGCCGGACCGCCUGGCAAUUACUGAUGAGUCUUAUCAGCAAUGGGCUGAGAUUCUAGACGGCAAGAAGUUUCAUUUGGGCCACGGAUACUACGUCGUCUGUAACAAUCCAAGCCCAGCCGUGGACCACUGCAUUGCUAGGCAGGAAGAGGAAACGUUCUUUGGGGGGCCGUUCUGGUCGAGUCAGAUGGCUUCCUAUCAAGAUCGUUUUGGAGUCCGUAAGCUUCAAGCGGCCCUUUCUGAUGUUCUUAUGGCACAAAUACAAAAGUGUUUGCCCAACAUCAUCAAACAGAUCGAUGAAAAAGCAAUGAGGAUCGAUGAAGAGCUCAAAACGCUCCCGGACCCACCGGCGGAUAACUUGCAAAGGAUCCUCAUUGAGAAAGUUCUGACCCUAGGACUUAGGUUUCACGGGCUUUUCAACGAUGGGGCCGAAAAUAGGCAUUUGCAUCAAAGUUGGAAUAACCUGAUUCUGGACUUCCAGAAGGCCCUGGAGAAAACACAGCCCCGGAUCCGUCUAGCCUCUAUUUAUGAUGGCGCUUACUUCAAAGAAAGAAUGGAUGUCGAUAUGGAAGCACCAGGAGCAUAUUCCCCCCGCACCAAAAGAAAAGGAGCGGCGGUGGAAGAGAACGCACCCAGUGUGGAACCGCAGGCCCAGCAGCCUGCCAUCACGAGAAAAGUCUUCUUGACCAAUCAUUUUGCAAAAUGGGAAGAACCUCCACGCUUCGAGCUGGAAGAUAUCCGGCGCAUUAAGCAAGAGUGUCAGCGAGCUGGGAUACCCAAUCAGAUCGAACCAAGUGCGAUUCAAACGUUGAACCGCCAGAUGAUCGAGCACUGGGGGGAUGUUGCAAGAGACUUCGUGGUCGCCCUUCACCGUGUGGUCCAGAAGGCUAUUCUCAUGACCCUGGAUGAGGUCAUAGCCCUCUAUCACCAGACCGGGCUCUAUCGAGAGCUACAACGGAUCAUUGGAGAAUACCUUGACUCGAUCGAGGCUCAAUUCCUGGACGCUGUCACGGCGUACUUUGAGAUGGAGCGUGUGAGCACGCUCACAAUGGCGCAAAUGGAACACAAGGAGCGAACAAAUCGCUCCUUGAAGCUCCUCCUUGAACGCCGAGAGGCAGCCAGAGCCAAAUGCUGGCAGCGAGUUCGGGGCCGUCCUGAAGAAGAUUACACCAAGGUCACCGCCGCAGAUCUCGGUCCUGAUCCGUUCAGUCAGGAAAUUGAAAUGAUGGCUAACGCUCGGGGCUAUUACGAGAUCGCAAGGAUGCGGUUUACUGAUGUGGUCUGCCUCUUAGCCGAAUCGAAGGUCCGACGGAAGUGCCGAGAUGAACUGAAGCUGACCCUCGAUGCUCAGAUCAACGCUGCGACCCCGGAGCGAUGCAGCGAGUUGAUGGCGGAGGAUCCUGAGCGAGAAGCCCGUCGGAGCCAUUUGAGCAAGCAGCGGAAAAAACUUGCACAAGCCCAGGAGUGGCUUAGUGCCGUCUAUAAAGUGGACGACGAAGAUAUGGAGGUACCUUCGGACAUUACCAUGGGUGAGCACGAAGGUCUCCAAGAUUGGGAUGAUAAUUUUGCAGAAAGUGGCUUGUCGAUUUGA